AAAUGAACGACGAAGACAGUGAGGAAAGGCGUCAUCACCCUAAAGUACCCCGGCUUGCUAGGCAAUCACAUCCCGAACCACCUGGUCCUAGUUCAAGCACAUCCAGCACUCCACUCUUCACCGAUCCAACGAUUCACACGAUUCUCGAUCAGAUAGGCCAACGACUAGCGAGCUUCAGCGAAAGUGAUGUGAAACGAAUCAAAAACUACUUGAGCACUGUAACAGUGACACAGGAAGCGUGUGUUCUGUUGCUUCUGCCCAACAAAGAACGGGAGAAGCUAAUGUUUGCCGAGAUUGAAAGACAUAUACUGGAAAACUAUGAAUAUAGUAUGAUAAUUCAUCGAUAUGUGAAUGAUGUGCUGAAGCAUGCCAUCGAAACACAGUUCGUUAAUCCGGAUAAACUCGACGAGAGCAACGAUGCUUGGAAGGACGGAUUGAAGAUGAUUAGCGAGCAAAAGAUGAGAAGCUCGCGGUACACGGCAGCUCGGGCUCGAAGUCAGCGGUUCGCAAUCGCGAAUGAUAGCUACUUCCCGAGGCCUGAGAUUGUGCCUAGUACAGAUCAUCCUGUCUUCGCUUCAAGACCUUCGGUUUCUACCCAGGAGGUUCGAACUGGGCGCCAACAAAUAGAUCAGGAAGUUUCUGGCAGGAAGCGAGAAUUUCAUGGAAAGCUGAUUCCGAUCACAGGCGUGGUUGAAGAGCCAAGUGUCAGAAUAAAUGCCGAACUUCAGCAGUCAGAAACGCAACAAAUUGGAGACAGUUCAGAUCAAACAGAUACUGCGACUCCGAUAAGCGACAUAGCCACUCAUCAGGAUCCGGAAAACGAAAUCAGUCCAUCAGUGACAGAAGGUUCCAAUGAUAUUGCUGACGAUGCUGGAGCAGGAGACGACUUUUCGGAAAGUACUACUGGAGCUGUGCAGCCUGAGCAACAAGCAUCCGAGCACUCCAACUCGGAAGGUGUCGAGAAGUCAAGCUGCGCUGAAUCUCUUAAAGAACAGCCAGAUCAGUCGAGCCCAGCCGUUUCUAAUACUGUUUCGGAAAACUCUAAUACCGAUAGUGAAAUAUGCUCUGGAAUAGAUCAAAAUCCGAAUUCGGAUAACCUGGAAUCUACGAUUGAUGUGGGUGAGCCGCUUCGCAACACCUCCGAUCAGCCAUCUCCUGAUCCUUGUUCUGAUGUCCAGAUAGGAGUGAACAGCACCACCAAGCAAUCCACUGAUCCUUCUGUGAACGUUCAGCUUGGACACAAAAGCUCCGAUCAGCCAUCAACUGAUCCUUCGGCACAUGCUCAGUUGGAGGACAACUGCACCAUCCAGCCUUCAACUGAUCCUUCUUCGAACGAUCAGCUGGGAGACAAUACCUCCGACCAGAAUUCAACUGAUCCUUCUUCCGACGUUCCGAUGGAAGACCCUGGAGAAUCAGGAUCAGCUGCUUCAACGCCUCCACCCGACUGGGAUGUUGCAGAAGUUCCGAUUCCUCAGUGUAGUGGCCACUCUGACGGCAAUAUCGGAGGCACGAAUGAAGUUACACCACCGGAACAAGAAGCUCAAGUAUUGGCUCCAAGACGUUCAGAGAGAUCUCGUAUAAAAAAUAUUUGGCUCAGCCGAGAUGAAGUCGAACGAUUGAGAUAUGAAUUUGUGCCACCGCCGUCCAGAAAAGAUAUUCCGAAGUGCACUGCCAAGAAGCCCGAAGCUGAGAUACCGAAUGUAGAGCCAGAGUCCAGUUCAACUGUAGAAUCACAGAGAGAUGAAGAUCAAGCGGUUGCGAGCGCCUCUUCCGUAGCUGAACCUCUGGAAGAAGCCACUACAACGAGUGUGCCAGAGCCAACAGAGUUUCAAUUGUCACGGGACAUUUAUAGCACUGUAAAGCCGACUGAUGAGGCUCAUAGCCCGCCGAUUCAAGCCCAACCGAAGAAAAAAGCCACGCCAAGACGGAAGAAAGCAGAUGACGUGGAAACUGUAGUAGCUGACGGAACAGCGACGAUCCCGAAGCCGAAGAGAAAAAGGCCGCCGAGGAAGAAGCCUGAGCCGAAGCCGAAUAUCGUUUUUGAAACAACGCCGAAUCCUCCGACAGAAAGCUUCGCAGCCAACAACAAUUUCCAGCAGUUCCAGUUUCAAAAUCAGCCUGGUAGUUGGACCUACAACAAUGGAUUCGGCAAUGGAUAUGGGUACGGCGGUGGAACCACUGGAUACAUGGAUAAUCUUGUUGGCAGAGGGUUUGACACGGUUUCUCAGCAGCCUGGAUUUCAGAAUCAAGGUUACGAAUUCACCGGUUUGCCUGCAAAUAACUCGAAUAAUUUCCCAUUUUUGUGAUUUAAUUUUUCAAAUAUCCUUAUCUAUGCCCUCAGGUUUAUUUUAUCUCAUUUCCACUCGUGUUUUUUGAAUAAAA